GCUGUGUAAGCAUUUGCUUUGUUCAUAAGAUUCAUUUCCUGAACGGGCAUCGAUCAAAUCGAAUCAAGAAAUAUUGCAGUGAAACAAUCAUAAAUCAUGUAUCACCUCGAUAAUGUUGAAUGGACCAAAUGUUGGGCCUUGUUGCUUUUGAUUGUGGCCAGCAUCGAAUGCAAAAACGAUCAAAGCGAAUUGACCAAAUCGGUGACCGAAGUGGUGGAAGAUCCGUGUGCAUCGAUCAAAUGUGGUUUCGGGCAGGAAUGUGUGUUCGAUCAUGAUAACAACGAAGCCGAAUGUAUUUGUAUCAGAGCUUGUCCGCAAAACGAUGAUCUUCGUCGUCGUGUUUGCUCCAAUUAUAAUGAAACUUGGCAAUCGGAUUGUCACCUGAUGAAACAUCGUUGCGAUUGUUUGGAAGAGCAAACCGAUUCAAAGUACUGCACCUAUGAACAUAAACACAUGCAUAUUGAUUACUAUGGCGAGUGCAAAGACAUUGAACCCUGUCAGGAUGACGUUCUGGAAGAUUUUCCGCGUCGAAUGCGUGACUGGCUGGACAAUAUUAUCAGUUUAUCGAGAGUAGAGGUAACCGAAUCCAAACAGGAUAUGGCACACAAAUGGAUCGAUGCUAUCAUUUGGAAAUUUUGUGAUCUGGAUAAAGAACCACACGAUCGAUAUGUUUCACGACAUGAAUUGUUUCCAUUACGCGCACCAUUAUUGUCGAUGGAAAGUUGCAUAUCGGAUUUUUUGGACGGUUGUGAUUCGAAUGCUGAUCAUAAAAUUACUUUGGUCGAAUGGGGUAAAUGCUUGGGUGCAAGUCCAGAUGAAAUGAAAGAUAAGUGCAACCAAUUCAUCAGCAAAGUCUGAAAUAAAACACUGUACACACGCACACACACAUUUAAUUUGACCAUACAAAAACAAAACGAUCAAUGAAUGAAUAAUAAUGACAUUUUUAUUAUAUGACAAAA